AUGGAAGGGCUAAAGAAAGGAGUAAAGAUACUAGAAGAUCGGGUCCACAAGAACCCAGAGUCGUGUAUUCUGCAUUUGUCUGACAAUCCAUCCAGAUCCUAUCAUCGAUUUGACAUGGAAGUUCCGGUUAAAAUCCAUCGAUUUCAUGUAGGGUUCGGAUACGGUACUUCAAAUGGUUUCAUCAUGCAAGAAUUCGAGGAAUUCCUUGCAAGAACUAUAGGAGGUGCAAUCAGAGACAUCCAAUUGAGGAUUGGGGAAGGCGCUAGGGUCGUUAGGAUCGGAGAACUCAGAGGUGGCGAGGAGAGGAGAAUUCCUUUAUAUUUGGGUGAUUCGGGACAUGUUCGAUUGGAGUUUAGCUAUAUAGACAGUGAAGAUGAAGAACACGUAAGGACGGGCGAAACUGUUGUUGGCAUAAUGGACAAAGGAGAUAGAAAUGAUAGGGCAGAUGCCAUUCCCAUAUGUGGAAGGACUAGCAGUGUUGAGAGCUGGGAUUACCAUGAUCCAUUCAUGGCUAGAAGAUGGGCUAAACAUUUGCAUGGCUAUAGACUAUAA